AUGUGUUCUUUUGAAACGCUGUCUUCAAAUUCUCAUAAUGUACCAUUCUUAUUUAUUUCUAACUUGAGGCCUGAUUUCUACACUUUGUAUAUUGAAGAGCCAGAUUCUUCUGGACAUUCAUUUGGACCAGUUAGUGGUGGUGUAAUCAAAGCCUUACAGAUAGCAGAUCAAGCACUGGGGAUGCUAAUGGAUGGACUUAAACAAAGAAACCUGCACAAAUGUGUGAACGUCAUUGUUUUAGCUGAUCAUGGGAUGGACAUGACCUACUGCAGACAGUUAGAAUACAUGACUAAUUACUUCAAUGAGAUUGAUUUCUACAUAUAUGCUGGGCCUGCAGCUCGGAUUCGAGCAAGAAAUGUGCCACAGGACUAUUUUACCUUUGACUCAGAAGGAAUUGUUAAAAACCUCACAUGCAAAAGAUCCCCUCAGCACUUCAAGCCUUAUCUGACGCCUGACUUGCCAAAACGAUUCCACUAUGCUAACAACAUUCGUAUUGAUAAAGUUCAUCUUUUGGUGGAUCAACAGUGGCUGGCUGUGAGGGACGGAACUUACACGUAUUGCGAUAGGGGUAACCAUGGCUAUAACAAUGAAUUUAAAAGUAUGCAGGCUAUAUUCUUAGCAUAUGGCCCAAGCUUUAAAGAGAAAACAGAAGUGGAUGCUUUCGAAAACAUUGAGGUUUACAACCUUAUGUGUGAUUUGCUGCAUAUUACACCAGCACCAAACAAUGGAACACAUGGCAGCUUGAAUCACCUCCUAAAAAAUCCUUUUUACAAUCCUUCACAUGCAAAGGAAGACUCAUCUCCUUCUUCAUGUCCAGUUUCCCAUCUGACUCCCAUAGAUAACCUGGGAUGCUCAUGCACACAUAUAACAAAUGUUUCAGUACUAAAUGAGAGGUUAAAUCUCACCACAGAAGAAAUAAUGAAGGCAAACUCGUAUCAUUUGCCAUAUGGGAGACCCAGAGUUCUUCAGAAGGAGAAUGUCUACUGCCUCCUUUCCCAUCAUCAGUAUGUGAGUGGAUACAGCUAUGAUAUCUGGAUGCCGCUGUGGACUGCAUACACUGUGAAUAAGCCUGAAAACACAUCUCCUCUUCCUCCCACUGUUUCAGACUGUCUGCGGGCUGAUGUUAGAAUCCCUGUUGCUCGGAGCCAAAAUUGUUCCAACUACCCAGAAGGGCUGACCUUCAUCCGCAGUUUCCUCUAUCCUCCCAACUUCAACUCAUCUGCUUCUGAACAGUAUGACGCCUUACUCACCAGCAAUAUUGUCCCCAUGUAUACAGCUUUCAGAGAGAUAUGGGACUAUUUCCAUAAUGUGCUUCUUCAGGAGUAUGCUAGAGAAAGGAAUGGAGUAAAUGUUAUCAGCGGACCCGUGUUUGAUUACAAUUAUGAUGGCCAUUUUGAUACUCUCGAUGAAAUUAAGCAGCAUGUAAACAACACAGAAAUCCCUGUCCCAACCCAUUACUUUGUGGUUCUGACUAGCUGCAAGAACAAGUCCUAUACUCCCCUGAACUGUUCAGGCUCCUUGGAUGUUUCGUCUUUUAUCAUUCCUCAUCGACCUGACAACACUGAAAGCUGUGCUGAAAAUAAGUCACUUUCUGAAUGGGUUGAAGAAAGAGUUCAGGCUCAUUCUGCACGUGUUCGGGAUGUGGAGCUGCUAACCGGGCUUGACUUUUACCAGGAAAGAAAUGAAUCUAUCUCCGAGAUCUUACAGCUAAAGACAUUUUUGCCAGUAUUUGAGACUGAAAUUAACUGAGUAUCUGUUAAAAAAUUGACAGUGCUUGGAAGAAAGCAGAUUUAAGUGAUUCAACUUUUUUUUCCGUGCUAAAGUAUGCAGGAAACAUGACUACAGCUCUUCUGUACAAAAGCACACCUAGAGGAGCUAAUUUCUUUGCUCAGAUUCAUGUUCUUUGGUCAAGUGCUUUGU